AACUCAACCUCGAAAUUUACAAAAAAGAGGAAAACUGUGAAAAAGAAGAAACGAGGGAGAGAGGAGACGCGAACAGAGAUAGAGGAGGAAAGAGAAGAAGAAUUGUGUACAAGAAACAACACUGGUCACAAUGAGAGCAGUUCUCCAAUUUCGUACGGUGGGAAGCUGGAUUACAAUGAACCCAGCUCUCCGAUUCCAUAUGGUGGGAAAAUGGAUCACUCGGAGGGUAGCUCACCAAUACCGUACAGUGGAGACUUGAAUUCAGAAAGGUCUUCAUCUCUUACAGAAAACAUCACAGAAGAUGAAGGAGUUCAGCAUGAUUCCCUGAAUCCGCAGACACAAAAACAUUCAGCAAACUGUUUAGACUCUGAAGAGGAAAACAGUAAAACAGACAACAAGCAGCUCACUACCAGUGAUGAUGGAAAAAGAGAGGACUUUGACCCCAAUCUAGAUGCUGAUGACUGCUAUGUAAGUGGAUCAGAUGAUGAGGAUUUACCAGAUGUACUUACUCCAUCUAGACAAGCAAAGAGGAUCAGUGGAGUGUCAUUUGAAGAUCUCUAA